AUGUCAACUGUAGAUCCAGGUAGCAAUUCAAGAGCCAGUAUCAAUGGGUCUGCGACUGCCAUCGCAAGUCUUUUACGCAAUCAUAAAGACUUAAAGCAGAGGCAGGGAUUGUUCCAGGCUAAACAGACGGACUUCUUUCGUUACAAGAGAUUCGUUAGGGCACUACAUUCCGAGGAGUAUGCCAACAAAUCUUCAAGACAACCAGAGGUGUACCCAGUUAUGCCUUCCACCAAGAUCGAAGACCAACUUAAGUCACGUGAAAUCUUCAUUCAACUCAUAAAGGCACAGAUGGUGAUCCCUGUGAAAAAAUUGCAUAGUCAAGAAUGCAAAGAGCAUGGGUUGAAGCCAAGUAAGGACUUUCCGCAUCUAAUUGUUUCAAACAAGGCUCAAUUGGAGGCUGAUGAGUAUUUUGUCUGGAAUUACAACGCCAAGACCUAUAUGGAUUACUUGAUCGUUAUUGGUGUCGUAUCCAUCAUAUUGGCGCUCGUAUGCUACCCAUUGUGGCCACGGUCCAUGAGACGCGGCUCCUAUUACGUGUCUCUGGGUGCCUUUGGCAUCUUGGCAGGCUUCUUCGCUGUCGCUAUCUUAAGAUUGAUCCUAUACGUUUUAUCAUUAGUUAUCUAUAGAGAUGUUGGCGGGUUCUGGAUCUUCCCCAACCUGUUCGAAGACUGUGGUGUGUUAGAGAGUUUCAAGCCAUUUUAUGGCUUCGGUGAGAAGGAUACCUACAGCUACAAAAAGAAGCUGAAAAGAAUGAAGAAAAAACAAGCCAAGAGGGAAAGCAAUAAGAAAAAAACUAUCAAUGAGGUUGUCAGUGAAAAAUCCGAACAAAACUAA